UAUAGAACGAGGCAACCAAGAAAGAUAACACGUCGACCUUCGCGUCUCGCCUGCCGCUGCUUAUUUUCACUGCGCGCACAGGCGCGCAGCCAGCGCGGCGAAACGAGGCGUUGCUGUCGUUUUAUGGAGUCUGUCGUGAACCGCUGCCUGCUUCGAUCGUGAGCGCGCGCGUCGUCUGCUGCACCCGGUGCUCUACAGCUGCACCGUCCGCCUGUGUCUCUCGGUACUCGCUACAUCCGCUGGGGAACACAAACAAUGGAAUCGAGGCUGUGCUCAGGAACUACGUAGACUUGACGCCACGGAUGCAUCGCUGAGGAACCAAGAACAGCCGCCGACGCACUCAACCACGCGGCAGCAGCCGGCAGCGGUCGCCCUCUUCAUCUGCCUUGAGAAGCGCGUUUUUUGUUUGUUACCACACAGCAGCCGCGCCGGCGAAGGCAGCCCGUGUUCCGAGUGUCGGAGACUCGCCGCACUCCUCUACAUUGGGUGCAUCCGAAGACAUGAAGCUGGUGCGCUGGUGUCCUUCCUCCAGGGAGCAGCUCCAGGAGGCCGAGGAGAAGAUAUUCGCGUAUCUGAACAGGAAAUAUACAGGCCGCUAUGUUGAAGUUGGCCGCUUUGGAGACGCUGUCUCUCCUUGUCGCUUGUGGACCAUCACUAUGAAACCGGAAUCGGAGGAAGCGGUUACUCAGAUGCCGCUAGUGCUGAUCCAUGGCCUGGGCUGUGGCUCCGCGCUGUGGGUGCUGAACAUCGAGGAGUUAUCCAAGAACAGGGUGGUUCAUACUCUGGACCUGCUGGGCUUUGGUCGUAGUUCCAGGCCAUCCCUUGGAAACGACGCAACUCGCAUCGAGGAGCAGAUGGUGCAAAGCAUCGAGGCGUGGCGGCAGCAGAUGCAGCUGGAGCGCUUUGUGUUGGUCGGCCACAGUCUCGGAGGCUUCCUCUCCGCGUCGUACGCUCUCCUCUACCCGCACCGCGUGGCUCACCUUGUGCUCGAGGAUCCUUGGGGCUUCCCCGUGUUCGACCCGGGUCGGCCGCGUGGCAAGCGCAUGGGUCACUGGUUGGCACCGCUGCAACUCUACUGCAACCGUUUCAACGUGCUCUCGGGACUGCGAGCGUCUGGCCUCCUUGGGCCGUUUAUAAUGCAGGCAGUACUCAGUGGUGCUCACAGCCUUUUUGGUCGUGUUGUGACGGAUCCCACCGCUAUUCCCAAUUACGUGUACCACUGCAACGUCCGGAGGCCAACAGGUGAAGAGGCGUUCCGGAACCUGAGCGUGUACUUCGGAUGGACGAAGAAUCCCAUGGUUCUGCGUUUCUUGGACCUGGAUCCCGAAGUACCCGUAACGUUCGUGUACGGCAAGAGCACCUUCAUCACGCGAAGCCCAGCCGAGCACACCAAGAAGACUAGGAUCAACGGCUACGUCGACGUCCAGGUGUUCGAUGACUGCGGUCACAACGUGCACAUGGACCAGCCUGAGAAGUUCAACGAACUCGUCAACAAGGUGUGCGACCUUGCCAACAGCGGUGUUAAACUCGGAUCGGGCACCUUCGCGACGGACCGCCAAGCAGAAGAAUAGUUUUGCUUCUUGUGCCGUGCGUGAUCUUUAAUAUGGGACCACGUGAUGAUAGGCAAGCAGAGGAGGACCCAUCACUGUAAGGCUCUGAACAGAACUGAACGUGCCAACACGCCAGCAGUCAUGGGUAGAUAUUCUGCGACACUUCGACGGGCAGGCAUUGUGGCCUGGAAUCGCAAAGCUUUUCGCACUCAAUAAGUGCUCGCAAGAGCGGACUCGGGCCAUUCUCGACGGUGAACGAGAGUAUGGCAAUGGGUCCGACCAGUGACAAGCAGUUCGUUCGAACGAAAAGCUUUGUGAAUCCGACCAGUCAUCUUUUUGAGCACGAAGAGAUUUAAGUCUGUAGAAAACAUUGUUGCUCAGCAUGACUGCUCAGUCUUGCCUGUUUUCCACGUGCGCCUAUUAUCUGCGACUAUGCAAGCACACGGCGUCCGCAUUUCGAUGGGGGCGAAAUGCGAAAACACCCGUGUACUUAGAUUUAGGUGCACGUUAAAGAACCCCAGGUGGUUGAAAUUUCCGGAGCCCUCCACUACGGCGUGCCUCAUAAUCAGAAAGUGGUUUUGGCACGUAAAACCUCAUAAUUUAAUUUUCAACUAUGCAAGCACCUAGCAGUUUUCCUGUCGUGUAAAUUCAUAGCAAGAAGAAAUGCAGUUAACACGAUGACUUCGCAUGUGACGUUAAACUGCAAGUAUUUGGUGGGCCCCUGUGCUUUGCCAGGAAAUCUGCUGGUGAAUGAAGUCAUUUUCAAAUGCUGUGAUUAUGUGAACAAAUGAAGCGAUGCGAAUCGGUACAGAGGUUCACCGUUAGCGCCAUAGGAGCUCAGUGCGUCGCACGUUGAUAUUUAUGCUAAUUACUUGGCUUCGCGAUAGCUCUUAUUAUCGUUUUCUGUGGAAGAAAAGGUGUAUAUUUGAAUGUAAUGUAUAACAUGGAAGAAUUAUUUCUAUGGAAACUUGGCCUUCCUUAUCCAGUUUAUUCAUGUGCGUUUUCUGUCAGCAUACUUUUUUUAUUCGCUCUACGUUAUCUGUCCUUUAGCUAUAUACAUGAAAGUUUAAUUAAAACAUCGUGAAGUCUUCCGAAGGUGCCUCAACCAAAUCGAAAAUAAAUAAAAAGCUUGCUGUUUUCGAAAAAGAAAGAAGAUAUGCAGCCUCUAGGGGUAGUACCUGUUAACCGUAAAGUGAUUGCGCAGCCUUUGCGCGGCUGCCUUUGCGGAAAUGCAAAUCCAGCGAAAUUUACUUGAGUACCGAUCAUUCACUAAACAGCCUGGCCGACAGUAUGCAGUGUUCCUGUCGCAUGUUAUUAUGAAUAAUACGUCUCGUAAGUUAUUCAGGAAACGUUAUGUUGACUUAAAUGCAUAUUACAAAAAGGCUUGCAGACACGGACACGUAAGGGUGAAACGCACAACACAAACGCCGACUAUUAUACCGAAAGGUCGAAGUGGCGGACGAGAAGGUAGACAGAAAGCUUAUCUGCCUUAAAUAUCUUACUUAGAUUACAUGGCCCAGACAUAUAAUUCUGGAUACCUGAAGCAGCGCGGCAAAUCUAAUGAUCACGAGGCAGGAGUUACGACCUUUUAUUUUAUAACCAUUUUAUAUUCGUUCUUGUUUCAUGUGCUAUCAACAAAAAAAAGUUGUUGCAUCCCUGGCCUUUGCUUUUCUGUUGCCUAGUGAAAGGCUAGGAGCCCAUUAAAUAAAAUAAUGACUGGCGUUGUGGUUUUGAUAAUUACCUAAACCUAAUAAUCAACAUUCAACUAGGAUAAGUAAGCGUGCAAAGUAUUUGCUUUACCACUUCCCUGCACACUUUUCGAUACAAGACAUGCAGGUGGAAAGCAUAUUUAGCGCCAGCGAACAAGGACGGCAAGGAGACGACACUACAAUGCGCAUUGUGGUGUCGUCUCCUUUCUGUCCUUGUUCGCUGGCGCUAAAUAUGCUUUCCAAGUCAGUUUACCAACACGCCCAUUAAAUGGCAGUGCAUGUGGAGCCAAAAAUACCACCGCUAAUUUGGCAUUCAAAUGGUACGUGCGCACUUUACUAUAACAUGUCGGAAAAUACUGUAGUUUUCUUUUUCCUAUUCACUAAACUAACGUCGUUUUUUUUUUUUGCUUGUCCCGUAUUCUAGGACGCUCAUCCGCUCAAUCUAGGCAUAGCGGAUAGACGGGUGGUUGCUUUAAAAUUGAACCAUCCAUCCGUCUAUCUGUUGAGCAUCGUAACCAGUACUAUCUACUUCGUUUGCUAUUGACCCUAUAAGAUCCAUUCUUUGUGUUAUCGAACACUCGAACCUUUGAGUAUUUUGCUAUACGCUCUUUUUUAUUCUGUGCCUUCCUUAUCUUUACGCCACCUAUCGACGUCUCUUACUGUUCCUCCCGGCAGAUUCGUUCUCGCUCUUCUCUACAAUAUUUACAAGAGAACGCUCGGCUAGGAUAACUACAUCCUCACGCAAAAGAAAUCCGUACGCCCUCUCCCUUAAGGGUACGAAAGUGUUUCCUUUGCAUUUGCGUCUAGAUGUAUGACGCAACAUGCUAACAAAAUAUGUUCAAUAGUUACUCCGCUCUUCUCACGCGAUACUGGCGCCACCCCUCGACAGAAGUUGUCAGUGCGCUCCAAUGGCCCUUCAGGGUAGCAAAGAAUUUGCAACCAUGCUGCUGUCUGAGUCUACUCGAACGCACUCGUCUCCUCGUCGUAGGGAUCACCAAGGGCCGUUGCCCACUUUCUCCUCCAGUCGAGGGGUGGCGCUGCACUCUGUCCGGUGGCAAAGCCCCUUAAACUUCGUAAAGUAGCGACACUCUCCUCCUCCUCCUUCACUCCUCGUUUCUCCUCUCUUUCACGCUCCCUCCUCGGCCGUGACGCCGCCUACACUGCUCGAGCGUAGCAACGGCGCCAACAUGCGCUCCUCGCCACUCCGUAGACGCUUCUCGAGCAAAAAUGGCGCUGAUGCACGGCGCGAGGGCCCACGUGAUGCUAGUAGGCCAAUAGCGACGCGGCGUCGGCCUAGGCCAGAGUGCGCGAAGAGGAGGCGGCAUUCUUCAAAGCGGUGCAGUACUUCACGAAGUUUAAGGGGCUUUAUCCGGUGGGUGUUUAUUCGGUAAAGUCGGGGAAGAGGGAUCGAGUCGAGAUCCGUUCGCAAAUACGGGGGUUAGCGGUACUCGUGUCGUCCUACGAUGCUGGAGGGCAUUCAUAAACGUCUACGGACGUCUUGGGCUACAAUCGUUUCGUAGCGUACGACAAUAGUAUAUGGGUGACGCGAGAGCUGUGCGGAACGUGCUUCCUUGUUUGUUUGUUUGUUUGUCUUCUUGCUUGCUUACCUGUGUUUGCAUAGAUGAGUACCUACUUGCGCGAUUGUUGUUAGAUGCCUUUGUUGAAUAGUCAUCACGACCUCAGUUGUUGUUUUGUUUUACGUUUGUAAAGCGUUACACUGUUAGCCCUUGUUUUUGUUGACGUUUUUACCCACGCCUGUAAAGAUAAACAAAGGAAAAAACUUCAAUUUCCCUGUUUGUUCCACAUACGACGCUGUAAACAACUGCUUUGAGAUUGAACCAAAAUAAAUUGCAUAAAUGACUUUUAA